GAAGAUCUAUUCAGUAUUUCCCAUGAUGGCAGAACACGGUGACCCUUGCACUGGGUCAGAAGCCACCUUUUGCAUGAAUGGAGGAACAUGCUUUAAAAUACCCUCGGUGUCUACUCCCACAUGUGUAUGCAGUGCGAACUAUGAGGGCAGCAGAUGUGAGCAGUUCCAGCUGUUCAGCUUCUUGCAGGACAGUGAGGAGAAGGGCAUGAUCGCCGCUGUGGUCAUCAUCGCCCUCCUCAUCCUAGUGGUGCUCGGUGUGGUCAUCUACUACAUCUGCAAAGUAAAGAGAAAUGCCCAGAGUCAACCAAAACCUGAGUACUGGAGAGUCAAAUCAAGAAGGCCUAGUCAGACGGUGUGACUCGACUUUUGAAACUCAGAUGCAUCAUGUGAACUCGACAUUGGUUACUAAAAGAGGCUUUGAUGGUUUGGACGACUCCAUUAUUGAUAGAGGAACAACUUUACCCAUACAGUCUAUGACUUUACUUUGUAACAUCGCCCCCUUGUGGAGGUCUUCAACUCAAUGUGAAAAAUGUGUCAGUUGCACAAUAGCCCA